AUGGGGAAUUGCAGCCUUAAUAGCAUUUGUUUCUUGGUGUUCUGUACAAGUCUUCUCAUCCUGACAAGCAGCCACAGUUACCCUGAUGUUGUUGCCUUGUUUGUCUUUGGAGAUUCCUUGUAUGAUGUUGGGAAUAAUAAUUACCUCAAGAAUGCUACUGUUCGGCUAAAUAUAACGCCAUAUGGAGAGACUUUUUUCAAGCAUCCUACAGGAAGGGCUUCUGAUGGUCGAUUAAUUCCAGAUUUUAUUGCUGAGUUUGCAAAGCUGCCAUUAAUUCCGCCAUAUUUACAAGCCGGCGGCAACCAUCAAUUCAGAAAUGGAGUGAACUUUGCAUCAGGAGGAGCUGGUGCUCUUGUUGAAACUAAUCAAGGACUGGUGAUGGACCUUAAAACUCAACUAAGCAAUUUCAAGAAUCUGGAGAAGCAGCUAAGGCAAAAACUAGGAGCUUCAGAAGUUAAGACAUUGUUAUCUACAGCUGUUUACAUGUUCAGCAUUGGAACUAAUGACUACCUGUCACCUAUCUUCACAAACUCAACUGUUCUUCAAUCCUAUUCUAGAGAAGAGAGAGUAAAGAUGGUUAUCGGCAACAUAACAACCGUGAUCCAAGAAGUAUAUAAGAUUGGGGGAAGGAAAUUUGGAAUAUCAAAUUUGAUUGCGUUAGGCUGUGUACCGGUCAUGAGAGCUCUAAAAUUGGCCACCGCAGGUGGCUCCGGCUGCUUGGAUGAAGCUACGGUGCUUGCAAAACUACACAAUAAAGGAAUCCCUAAAGCUUUCAAGGAGCUUGAGAGUCAACUAAAAGGAUUUACAUAUUCAAUUUUUGAUGCCUACAAAGCAGCAAAUGAAAGAUUGAAUAACCCUUCAAAAUAUGGUUUCAAAGAGGUGAAAAUGGCAUGUUGUGGCAGUGGUCCAUAUAGAGGCUCCUUUACUUGUGGCAGAAAAGGAUACCAAUUGUGUGAUGAUGUUAGCCAAUAUAUCUUCUUUGAUGCAAUUCAUCCAACCGAGAAGGCCAACUACCAAUACGCAAAUCUAAAGUGGAAUGGAAGUACUAAAAUCAUCAAACCUCACAACCUUAAAUCACUGUUUGAGAAAUAG